AUGUUUGAAGCUCGUCUUUUACACGGUUCAAUCUUUGCUAAAGUUAUUGAAGGUCUUCGGGAAUUAGUUAAUGAAGCAACAUGGGAAUGUAGUGGCAAUGGUAUUACAUUACAAGCUAUGGAUAGUUCUCACGUUGCAUUAGUAUCGCUUGUUAUGCGAAGUGAAGGUUUUGAAUCAUAUCGAUGUGAUCGAAAUAUGAGUCUUGGCAUUAGUCUUGUUAGUAUGUCUAAAGUAUUAAAAACCAUGGGCAAAGAUGAUUCAUUAACUAUUCGUGUUAAUGAUGAUUCAGAUUCAAUUAUAAUUGCGAUGGAAUCACAAAAUCAAGAUAAAUUUGCUGAUUAUGAAUUACGUUUAAUGGAUUUAGAUAGUGAACAUUUAGGUAUUCCAGAUACUGAUUAUUCGUGUACAAUUAAAAUGCCUAGUAGUGAAUUUUCUCGUAUUUGUCGUGAUAUGAGUAUUAUGGGUGAUUCAGUUCUUGUUUGUACAACAAAAGAAGGUGUUAAGUUUUCGGCUAAAGGUGAUCUUGGUCAAGGAAGUAUUCGUCUUGUUCAAACAACAAAUAUUGAAAAAGAAGAAGAAGCAGUUGUUAUUGAAAUGAAAGAAGCUGUUGCACUUACAUUUGCUGUACGAUAUUUAAGUAUGUUUUGUAAGGCAGCACCACUUUCACCUCAAGUUGGUUUAAGUCUUUCGGAAGAUACACCAUUAAUGUGUGAAUUUAAAAUUGCUGAAAUGGGUCAUGCAAUAGUUAAUAAUAUAGCUGACAAACCAAUAAAAGUCAAUAAAUGGGAAUCAAAUGCCGUCAAAAAUGCAUUAGAUGAUGCAUGCAAAAAAUAUUUCAAAGAGACACUUAAUUUUACUGAAGAUUAUAAAUUAAUGGAUGGUCGUCUCUAUAUCUCAUUUAUUGCAUGUUUGUUUUCGGGCUAUGCUUUAGUCUAUGAUUGGUUAAAUCCAUUUCCAAAAUCACGUUCAGUACUAAUUCUUUGCGUUAUAGCUUAUUUUAUUCUUAUGGGUAUUUUAACAUUUUAUAUGCAGUUUAUCGAACGUAGUAAAUUUUAUACUGGUAAACUAGGUAUGUCAUAG